AUGGCGCUCCCCCGCGGUGCUGGUGUCCCCGUGGUGCGGAGGGAGCACCUGGGGGGAGAGUGGCAGGAGGUGGGCAGAGGCGGCUUUGGACGGGUCUACAGGGCCAGGCAUAAAGACCUGCGCAUGGACGUGGCUGUCAAAGUACUCAACGACAAUGCCAGCCACUUCGUGUUCAAAGAGGCCAGUUUCAUGGACCUGGCAUCCAAUGAGUUUGUGCUCAGAGUGUUGGGGACUUACAAGGGCCCUGGAGGAGAGAGAGGACUGGUCACCGAGUACAUGAGAAGGGGAUCGAUCGAGUCUUUGCAGAAAGCACUGUCGGGACCGCCACCCUGGCCACUGGCCUUUCGACUGGCCCACCAAAUAGCACUGGCCAUGGACUUUCUCCACCACAAGAACUUUGUUCAUCUGGAUCUAAAACCAAAUAACAUUCUUCUGAAUGAUACACUAAAUGCAAGGUUGGCAGACUUUGGCUUAUCCACAGUCUCGAGGAGUGUUGAGAUGAACAGCACAAACAUGCAGACUGGCCCUAGGGGCACAUACCCAUACAUGCCCCCGGAAGCCUUCGAUGCAAAAUAUGAACCAGUGCGAGCUUUUGACCUGUACAGUUACGGUAUUCUUCUCUGGUCAAUCUUUACUGGACGAGAACCAUAUCAAGGAGCUCUUUUUAGUCUUGUAGAACUUCGGAUCACUGAAGGAGACCGACCUCGAUGUGAAGACCUGCUCGGACUUCAGGUAGUGGGAAUAUCAGAUCUAGUUAGUCUUAUGAAGAACUGCUGGGAUAAGGACCCUCACAAGAGGCCACAUUUUAAGGACUGCCUUAAAAUAACUGAAAGGCUGUUCCCAGAACACAGCAAUGGCAUCCAGCGGGCAAUUACUGAGGUCCUGGCAAGGCUGGAAUCAUCAAAUCAACAAGGUAUAACUAAGUUAAAUGAUGUUGAGGGCCAGAGAUCAGUCUGUGAUGGUGCUUCUUUGAGCAUUUCCGGUGAAACCAUGUCCAGAAAAGCCGAAUUUGUCGAUCACCACAAACCGACCAUCAUCCAGAGAGUCUCGAAUGCCCUGGCCAUUGCCGAAGAACUUGGAAGCAAGGUGCACAGUGAAAUCUAUUGCAACAUUAGAGCCAAAAAGACAAACCAAGACCGGGUCCGAGAGUUGUACUGCACCACGCUACGGUCGGGUGGGGAAAGGGUUAAAGCCGCCUUCUAUGACGCCCUGAAGAAGCACGAGUUUGAUCUCAUGCAGGACCUGGAAAACUAA